CCCCGGCCUGCUUGCCUGUGGCAUUCCCAAGAGAGAAACCAGGCCAAACGGAAGUUUUCCCGAGUCCAAUUCCACUGCAUACAGCCACAUUUCAAAGCUGUAAGAAAACUGCAGCCAUGGGACUUAGCAUGAGAAUUCGACCUGAUAACACUCGCAACUGCUACUAUUUAUUACACGUAAUUAUUACAUAGGCAGGCAGAGCUGACUGGAUGUCCUGAAGGGGACAGGCCUUGCCAGAGGAAGAGAAGGAGACCAGAACGUGGGAGGCAUUGGAUCUCACUCCUGGGUGAGGCCAAGUUGAGACCCAGUUGGAGCCAGAUCGAGUCCCUGCGUCUUCUGGAGCUGCAGCAUGCUAUCCUACGCCGUGCCGGGUGAGGACUUUGUGGUCCUUCCACCAAGUGCCUUCCUCGUGCCCCACGCGGAGGAACGGGAGCCUCCCAACCAGGACCACAGGAAGAAAGGCCUGCAGAGUGAGACCAAAGUGCUUGGGACCAUCCAGAUCGUCUCCGGCACCAUGAUUAUGAGCCUGGGGAUAAUUUUGGUGUGGGCUUCCUUCCUCCAUCACUUCAGCCCCACUGUUUUAACCUUGAUUUCGUCUGGAUACCCGUUCGUUGGUGCCAAGUGUUUUAUCAUCUCUGGAUCGCUGUGUGUCAUCUUGGAAAAAAUAUCAAAUAAGCGUUUGGCCUGGAUCAGCUUGGUCAGCAGCCUCCUGAGUCUCUUCAUCACUUUUACGGGCCUCAUCCUCCUCCUCGUCAACCUGGCUGAGGUGCUCGCCGCCUGGGGACGGUGCGAACUGGCCGUGGCGUCCAGGCAGAGGUCCGAGGACAACUACUUCUCUUCGAGAGAUGUGGCCUCUGGCUGCUUCUUCCUCGCGUCCAGUCUGCUGGGGGUGCUGUCCAUCAUGCUUCUCUUUACGCUGUUGGAGCUCAGCAUUGCUAUCCCGUCUUCCAUCCUCUGGUGGAAACAGACCCGUUCAAGCACCCCCGGGGUCAUGCGCUUUCUGGCUCAGAGUGACACGGUCGUCACCAGCGCACCCCCAAAAGUAUCUGCUGAUCCUGAUCCUCAUCCUGGAUUUGAUGAACUGGCGGCCUCUUAGGAGAGAGAGCGUGAAUGAGAUGGAAUGAGACAAUGAGAGACAGAGAGAGAGAGAAGGAGACAGAGAGAGUUAUGGUGACCUGGGAGAACCGACGUUCCUUGAGAGGGAGAGUAGACCUCGCUGAAAACUUUGGCCCCGGAUCCCCUAAGGAAUUUAUAAAGAGGCUUCUCUUCUUCUAAGGGAAUGUUUGUUCAGCAUGGCUGCCCUGGUUGCCUCACGAUGAUUCAAAUAAGGCAGAGGUGUGACCA